UCUCUCUCUCUCUAUAUAUAUAUAUAUAUAUAUAUAUAUAUUCUUACUUUGAGAAAGAAAGGGAGGAGAAACGAAGUUGCCGAGGAGAGUAGAAAUAAUAAAAGUCGGGGGAGAAGGGAUGGGCUCUUCUCCUCACCUGGGGCUUCUCCUGCGGCCUCCAAACCCGGCGCUUUCUCUCUCCCUCGGCCAUUGCUUUGCCCUGCAAAACCCUAGCUUUCCUUGCUCCUCCCUCGAGCCUUCUUCCUUCCGUAGGGGAUGGCGUGGAGCCAAGAGACCCAUCAAUUCGAGGCCCACUUGGCUUUGUGGAUAUAUGAGAAGAAGUAGGGUUGGAAGUAAUUGGGAGAAUCAACAUAGGAAUGAGGCAGUAUUGCUUGGGUCUGAUGGGGAGAAUGGGGUCCAAGUUCCUACACAAGCACGGUCUGUUGUUGAAGGCUCGAACACAGUUGUUGUAUCAGAGUACAAGCCGAUUCCUGAUAUCGAUUAUCUGCAGGAAUUAUUAGCUAUUCAACAGCAAGGACCUAGAGUGAUUGGUUUCUUUGGGACACGUAAUAUGGGAUUUAUGCAUCAGCAACUUAUCGAGAUUCUAAGUUACGCUAUGGUGAUAACGAAAAAUCAAAUUUUUACUUCAGGAGCAUCUGGGACUAAUGCAGCUGUUAUCAGAGGUGCUCUAAGAGCGGAGAAGCCAGAGUUGCUUACUGUAAUCUUGCCCCAAAGCCUAAAAAUGCAACCAUCAGAGAGCCAGGAAUUAUUGUCUAAAGUAAUUGACAUAUUUGAUACUCAAAUCAAUUUUUCCAUCAAUUAUCCAAAUUGGUUGUUUGCAAUCUGGCUUUCACAUCAACCGCGCCAAAUCAUCCAUGGCAUGAUAAUUAAGAGGUUAAAAAUCUGAUUGAAAAACCUGAGAAUGAUCAUCUGCCAUUGAUUGAAGCUAGCAGGCUGUGCAACAUGGACAUUCUCUCAAAGGUACAGCAAGUCAUCUGUUUUGCAUUUCAUGACAGCAGAUUGCUCAUGGAGACCUGCCAGGAGGCAAAGAAUCUUCGAAAAAUUGUUACUCUCUUUUACUUGGAUUGAUCAUAUACAUUGAUAAGAGAUUCUAACAUUUGCUUUUAGGCUGGCAGAUGGGGAUCCUUCCCUCAAUUAUUACUUUGUUUUCUUAUCAAUGUUUUUUGGGGAAUUAGAUGUAUUUGUCCUGGGGAUAGAAGGGAGGCAUUUCAUUAUUUUCAUUCUUGGAUAAAAGGCAGCAGAAGAUGCAAUGAAGUUGUCAUUGUUUAUUGGUGCAUGCAAGAAAUUUAUAUUGCUGUCAAUGGCUAUA